CAGCUAACGUUAGCUGAGCUUGUCUAGCUGAGCUUUAGCGGUCCCAGGAAACAUGAACAUGUUGUCCAAAGUAGAAGCCAGCUGGAUUAGUGGAACCCUGAGGACACUUUGGAUAACAGCUAUGGCAGCUCCCAAGGUCCAUCUUUCCACACUUCCUCCAGAACCUGUCAUCCCCUCUAAGAAACCUUUCAAAGUGGAGCUGGUUGGGGGGAAGCGUUACUCCUGGUGCGCCUGUGGACACAGCAAGAAACAGCCUCUCUGCGACGGAGCCCACAAAACCAAAGCCCAAGGCUUGUCGCCGCUACGCUUUGUCCCCGAGAAAGACGCCACAGUUUGGUUGUGUGGUUGCAAGUACACCAACAACCCACCUUACUGUGACGGCACGCACAAGCAGGACUUCAUCGUGUCUGCCCCACUACAUGAACAAAGCGACUCUUGAAAAGGACAGCAGAGCUGUCUUUGAACUGAGCGUUAAUGUUGCUGUUGCCUUCCCACUUCAGUACGUCCGUGCACUCUGUGAAAGCAGCACAUGAUCGACUCGUGGAUCAUGACAAGUGUUUUGAAUCUUGUGUCUUGUCAGUCUCAUCUCAGUGCUUGACGGAGAAGAGUGGUGACGAAAAGGUUAACAUCAAAAAGCCCUCAACUUUAUUCGUCCUUGCUUUCUGGCUUUUCUAUGGAAGAGACCAUGUUUCAUUAAGAACAGGGUCGGACGAUAUGAUGAUAUACUGUGAUGUAAUAGAGAGAGAGAGAUUUUACCAUACGGUUAGGCCAUUGUGGGCAAUGUUGCAAAUAAUCAGUAUUGGAAGUCCAUA